GUUUUUCUUUCGAACUGCCAGCUUUUUCCGGCCAUUGGCACGCGGCCCCACCCCGCUGUGCUCCUCACUGGGUAUACCCAUGCCCUUGUGAGGGAGCCGGCCCCCCCCCCCCCCCUCGGCGCGGCAGCGAGGCCGCCACGCCCCCGCACGGCGCCGAGCCGAGCGCGGAGGGCUUCCACGACGGCCCCGUCGCGGGGCACGGGGGCCGGCUUCCCGAGGGCGCCGCCGCGGACGGCCCGCCCUCGGAGCUGCUCGGGAGCAGCAUAUCAAGGGACAGCUGGGCCGCCCCGCAGCAUUACGUGCAGCGGAUGCCGCAGGCGGGUGAGCCCCAGCUCUGCGGCCUGGACGGCGUCAUCUUCGAGCCGGCGGCGCACGUUCCAGUCUCAAACUUCUGCCACGUGGGUACGGGCCACGGAGCGUACGAGAGGGUCCAGGAUUUUCAGUACGUCGGCGAGAGGGGCGGCGAUUUUGCAAAGCAGGAGAUCACGGUGCCUUACGGCUGGCGGAUGCGGAAGUGGUUUGUCGGGCUGAUGGGUAUCCUGUGCUGCCUGGCCUUGCUCGUCCUGCUGUUCGCCCUGGUUCGGUCGGCGCUGUCUCGGGCGCAGCCGGAGGCGACCCCAGAGGCGCCGCCAGUCCCCACUCCUCCCGUGGCGCCGGCGCCGGAUUUGCCGCCGUCGCUGGACCAGCGUGCCGCGCCUGGGGGUCACUACGACUGCGACGUGGGCUGGGCCGACGGCGACUGGGAGAGCAGCUGGUCGGUGGGCAAGCGGGCCUUCUGUUGCGGCGCCCUACAAAGGGCCUGCCCUGGCGACAGCAGGAUGUCUGGCAGCAGUGUCGCAUCCGAUGAAGAGCUACCAGGCAGCAAGACUGCCACAACGACAGCAGUGCCUGCGUCGACCACCACUGCUACCACCAUUACAUCGCUGAGGUUCGACUGCAAGGCUGGGUUCGCGCGGCGGGAGAGGGGCUGGUCCGACUUGAAGAAGAGCUACUGUUGCGAGACCUUCGACGUGUGCGGGACGACGGGCACUUCCACGCCCGCGGCUCCGACGAGCGCAUCCAUGCCCGCGGCCCCGCCAGACAUGAGCGUGCCGGCGCCGCCGCCAGAUGCGGACGCAGCCUCGCCGGCAGGGCCGCCGCCGCCCCUGCCAGCUCCGCCCAAGGUGGCGCCGCCGCCGCCGCAGGCCAGCGCUCCGAAAGUUGCAUGGAUGUUUGGACGGGAGCGCUGCCCUUCUUCGCGGACCUGUCGGCCGAGCAGAAGCAGGCCGCCGGGGACGCGCCUGGCCCCGCGGCGGCUCUUGGGCCCGCCCUGCCCGAGCCCUUCGACUGCGACUUCGGGCGCGGCGGCAACGCCGUGGAGGGCUGGUCGGGCUGGAAGAGGACGUGGUGCUGCGAGAACACCGGCAGCGGCUGCGGGGCAGCGGCGUAGAGGGGGCACUGGCGGGCCCCAGCGGGGUUCGCGGGCCUGGCGCGUUCUGCCCUGUGGGGGCCCUUGGGGGUGGAAGG